CAAUGAGGCCGUUGGGUGGCAGCCGGGACGACGGAGUGGGGCGACGGACCGGGUGAUGAUGGAGCUAAGUUUUCGGGAAGGCCUGUCGUUCGGGUGGGAAGAGAAUACCGUGGAUCGAAGCUCGUGGAGCGACGUGUCGGAGGCAGCAUUGAAGCGAUUGGAAGUGGCAAAGGAGAAAUUUACCACGUUUGCCGCGACACCGGCAACGCGGGACGGGGCAUACCACCAAGUGUUGUCCCCAAGCGAUCACUUGACCGAGGUGACGUGGAGCCGCUUUAAAAAGUACUGCGAGGAGUGCGGAUGGCUCGCCCGGCGUCGGAAGGCCACGGAAGCUGAGAAACAGCAAGCUCGAGAAACACGAAAGGCGGCUGUGUACUUUGUCGACGCCAAGCUGCGCCACGUAGCGGUCGCAAAGCGGAAACUGAUGCAAGAAGUGAUCAACCCCCAGCACAUGAUGAUCAUGGAAAAGAAGCCUCGUGUCGGUGCUGGAGUCAAAUGCAAGCAGUGCGACCGGGAGGCUCUGUUGAAGAACUAUGGAUUUUGUGGGCACCACCGGCCAACGUCGAGCUUCUAUUCCAUCUUACCUCCCACAGCAUCCACCCAGGGUUCGACCACAGACCCGGAAAGCCAUGGCACCAUGACUGCCCCGCUGCUGACGAAGCGGGUGCCAUCGUGCAAGAAGUGCGAUCAGCCAGCCCUUGAGAAGAACUACGGAUUUUGCGGUCUCCAUCGCACGAAAACGUCAGCCACCACUAGCGUCGCCUCGACGACAACCACCAACAGCAAUAGCAACGCUUCGGCGCUGGCAGGCAUUGCAGUAUAGGCGAUGGUUGUAGGAUAACUCAACGAUCCUGUGGCGUCGAUGGGUCCCAUUUUCCAGCGCAGUGGAACAUGUUGGCCAGUUGCGACGGGGUCAAGGCGACUGAGGUUUCGUGGAAGCAUCAUCGCAUGCAUCGACCAAGUAUUUCGCAAGGAUGCAUAUCGUAAUGCCCAUGCACGCCAUCCCGAGUGCUUGUCCUCUCGGCGAAGCGCCCGUGCAUGACCACUCGUCCCUUCGUCUUCGCAGUCGCGGAACUGCUUGCAACAAUCCAGUUGGACUGGGACGUGGGAUGCCUUGAU